AUGAGGAGUUUGGAGCAAAACAUAAGGAAUAUGCAAGGGCUGGGAGGACACAAAAGUGUCUUGUUCAAGGACUUAUGCAUGUUUCCAGAUGUUCACUUGCCUAUAGGGUUCAAAACUCCAAAGUUUGAUAAGUAUAAUGGUCAUGGCGAUCCAGUGGCUCAUUUGAAAAGAUUUUGUAAUCAGCUAAGGGGAGCCGAAGGAAAAGAAGAACUUCUUAUGGCUUACUUUGGAGACAGUCUAACGAGUGUAGCCUCAGAAUGGUUUAUCGAUCAAGAUAUUUCUCGAUGGCAUGCACAAGAACCUGACUACUUUCAUUACCUUCUCGCUGCAAUGGGAAAACCUUUCAUCGAAGCAAUUAAGAUCGGAGAAAUGGUAGAGAAUGGCAUAAAAUCGGGUAAAAUUGUAAGCCAGACAAUCAUUAGAGCUACCACACAAGCAAUACAAAGCGGGUCAGGUAAUUUUGUAAAUCGAAACAAGAAGGAAGAAGGGUCCAUGAUGACGUCUGGAUCGAGAGGUGUUCAAAUGGGCAUGAACCGCCCUUAUGUUCUAGUCCAACAAGAACAAUCUAAUUCUCCUCAACAUUAUUACCCAUCCCAAUAUGCAGUUCUCAACACUCAAGAAUAUGUCCGACCUCCUCAGCGCCAACAAUGGCGGGCACCUGCCCCACAAGGUUCUCGCCCCCAACAACAAAAUUUUCAGGCACCCCAUAAUCCACGUCCCCGGAUGGAUUAUACAAGAGAACAAGGUCGGAAAGAAAACUUUACCCCAAUUGGAGAGUCAUAUACGAGUCAUAGCACAAAGAAUUGUUGGACUCUAAAAAGAGUCAUUGAGAAGUUGAUUGAGGAUAAGGUAAUUGAGAUACGCAAUGAGGAGGCUCCAAAUGUCAUUAAUAACCCACUCCCUGCUCACAAUAAGGAGCAUGUUGUGGGGAUGGUAGACAUUUAUGAAGAUUGUGAUCUAACAUGUAGAAUAAAAAUGGAAAGCAGGGAUUCAAAAGAAGAGUCGAGUAUGGUUUUAGAACCCAUACAAAAGGCACUGAUAAUUGUAAAUGGUGCAAGUUCAAAUUUUGGAGACUCGAGAAAACUAGUGUUGUAUGUCCCUGGAGCUGUAAAAAGAAGAGAAGUACCGUUGAAUGGACCAAAAUUAUACAUUCAUGGUAAGCUUCGAACAUUUAGUCAAAAUCAAGAAAGUGUGAAAGAGCCAAUUGUGAUACAAAUUGCAACGCAACUUCCGAUGACAAACACCAAGACCGUUCCAUGGAACUACAACAAAGUCAUUGUUACCCACAAGGGAAAUGAGAUUAUUGAAGAAACAAAUGAAACAAGAGGAUUAACUCGUUCUAGGAGGUGUUAUGCUCCAGAAGAAUUAAGAAGAGACAAACAAGCCAAAGAAAAUCAGUUGCCAAUUAAAAAACCUAUCACUGAGGAGGAGGCUGAAGAGUUCUUGAAAAAAAUGAAAGCUCAAGAUUAUUUUGUUAUUGAUCAAUUGAGGAAAACACCCUCUCAGAUAUCCUUAUUGUCAUUACUCAUACAUUCUAAAGAGCAUCGUGAAGUUUUGACCAGAAUCUUGAAUGAGACACAUAUCUCAGAAAGUAUCACGGUGGGUCACUUGGAAAAGAUGGCCAACCGAAUAUUUGAGGUAAAUAGAAUCACUUUCACUGAUGAUGAAUUGCCUUGGGAAGGAUCUGGGCAUAAUAAGGCAUUACAUUUAACCGUGAAAUGUGAAGAACACUAUGUGAAGAGGGUCAUGGUCGAUGGAGGAUCAAGUGUAGACAUAUGCCCUCUUUCUACUCUACAAAGGUUGAAAAUCAACACGGAUAGAAUUCGUACUAACAAUAUCUGUGUGCGCACAUUUGAUGGCGCAAAACGGGACACACUUGGUGAAAUAUACUUAACUGUUACAAUUGGACCAGUGGAGUUGGGAAUCACUUUCAAAGUAAUAGACAUUGACACUUCUUGCAAUCUACUUUUGGGUAGGCCAUAG